AAGAAAUAGUCCCGAUCUUCAUAUCUGGAUCCUCGCCGUUCGUUCGCCAAGUGGAAUCUGGGCACUCGACGCGCCUGCGGCUCCGCACGUCAUCUGACAGUCGUCGCAAUUGUGGGACUCUACAGAGUGGGAAUGGGACAUGAUGGAGGAUAAAGGGCCUCGUGUAGCCGACUACUUCGUAGUCGCCGGCCUAACCGAUUCGUCCAAACCCCUGGAGGAGGAGCUCCACUUUGAUGAUGCCUGCCCCCGAUCCGCCAAGGCCAAAGCCCCCAUCACCGACGUCACCGUGGUCAUUCGCUCCCUUGGUGAAGAUGUUCCCCCCGGCUUCGCCUGUGUUGACAGCACCCCCGCCGGUCUCUCUGCCGAGCUCAACGGUGCCAGCCUCAGAGGUCCGCAGAUCUUCCUGUGCAUCAAGCGAGGCAGAGAUAAGCCUCCACUGACGGACCUUGGGGUUCUGUAUGAGUGGAAAGAGAAGCUGAAGCCUGGGUGCCACAUAGUCCAGACCACGCCUUCAGGUCGGCCUGCCAACAUUAGUAGUUCAUCCUCUCAGCGCAUCUACAUCACCUACCGGCGCGCCCCGCAGAACCAGCCGCACAACUCCCUGGCAGUCACCGAUGUCUGCAUCAUCAUCCCUGGCAAAGGGGAGACGCCCCCCCACACCUUCUGCAAGGUGGACAAGAACCUCAACAGCAGCAUGUGGGGGUCCUCAGUUUACCUUUGCUAUAAGAAGUCUUUGGCUAAAACCAACACGAUAGCUUACAAAGCAGAUUUACUGUGUCGAUACCCGGAGCAAGACUACGAGUCCUUCCCCCUGCCCGAGUCUGUGCCUAUGUUCUGUCUGCCCAUGGGUGCGACCAUUGAGUGCUGGCCAGCCCACACCAAACACUCUCUGCCUGUCUUUUCCACAUUUGUACUGACCGGGGCCUCUGGAGAAAAGGUGUAUGGUGCAGCCAUCCAGUUCUAUGAGCCCUACUCGGAGGAGAGCUUGACUGACCGGCAGCGCUCCCAGCUGGGGCUUCAGAGCUGUGAUUUCCAGCCUAGUGGAUCCAGGAGCGUCCACGGCAAUAAGAGCAUCUGCCUUCUUUCCCACUGGCCCUUCUUCCAGUCCUUCAGGAGCUUUCUCACUUUCCUCUACCGAUACUCCAUCUCAGGACCACAUGCACUGCCUAUUGAAAAGCACAUCUCUCACUUCAUGCAAACAGUCCCGUUUCCCUCCUGCCAGAGACCACGCAUCCUAGUACAGCUCUCGCCACACGAUAGUCUGAUUCUGAGCCAGCCCGUGUCCUCCCCGCUACCUCUCAGUGGUGGAAGCCUCUCCACCCUGUUACUGAAUCUGGGUCCUAAGAACGCAGCCACUCUGUUGGUGCUUGCAGUCACGGAGCACAAGAUCCUGGUGCACUCCCUUCGUCCAGCUGUGCUGACCAGUGUUACAGAGGCCCUUGUGUCGAUGAUCUUCCCUUUCCAUUGGCCAUGCCCCUAUAUUCCUCUGUGCCCACUGGCCCUGGCGGAUGUGCUCAGUGCACCAUGCCCAUUCAUUGUGGGUGUGGACUCCCGGUACUUUGACCUGUAUGUGCCCCCAGCUGACAUCAGCUGUGUGGACUUGGACACCAACACCAUCUCCCAUAAAGACGACAAGCGGGCUCUGACGUGGAAGAUCUUACCCAGGAGAGCCUGCAAACACCUUCUGAACACCCUGGGCAAGAUUCACCAGCACCUUAUGGAGGGUGGACAGCUGAGUUACGAAGAUGGGCAGAUGGAGCAAACGGUGACAGACAGCGAGUUCAGCGGCGGGAAAAGCCUCCACACCCUGGAGAUGGAGAUCCAGGAGGCCUUCCUCCGCUUCAUGGCCGCCAUCCUCCGGGGCUACCGCGCCUACCUGCUACCGAUCACCCAAGCCCCCUCCGAAAAGACCACUGACGCCAGCUCCCUGUUUGAUCUCCAAGGAUUUCUGAAAAGCCGAGACCGCUCCCAUCAGAAAUUCUACUCCCUCAUGACCAAGACUCAAAUGUUCAUCCGUUUCAUCGAGGAAUGCUCCUUUGUCAGCGAUAAAGACGCUGGCCUGGCUUUCUUUGAUGAGUGUGUUGACAAGAUGGACAGUGAACGGCCAGAGGACACCAGACUGAUUGAACUGGAUGAAUCCCACCGCAGCGAGCACACAGUCUACAUUAAUCCUCCAGAACUUCCUCCACUGCCUCACGGAGAGGAACAUCCUCUGUGUUACAGCUACUCCGGGUUCCCUGUGCUAAACGCUAAGCUUCUGGAGCCACUGCUGGGGCCAAAUCCUCCAUCAGCCAGCAUGGCCCCGCGCCACAGCAGCCCAGCCAGCCCUACUGCCAUCUUCAGACGCUCCAAACAGGAGAUUAAAUCAGCUCAGAGGAUGGCCAAAACAUAUUCAUCAAUGCCACAGAUGUGGUCCAAAUGCCUGCUGCGCCACUGUUACGGCUUGUGGUUCAUCUGCCUGCCCGCCUAUGUCAGCACCUGCCACUCCAAGGUGCGGGUUCUGCAUAUGGCCUAUGACAUGCUGAGGAAAAUGCAAGACAAGAAGCUGCAGGCUCCCGAUGAGGUGUGCUACCGUGUGCUGAUGCAGCUGUGUGGCCAGUAUGGCCAGCCUGUCCUGGCUGUGAGGGUGCUGUUUGAGAUGAAGAAGGCUGGAAUUCAUCCCAACGCCAUAACCUAUGGCUACUACAACAAGGCCGUAUUGGAGAGUACCUGGCCCUCCAGCACAAGAGGAGGAUAUUUUUUGUGGGGCAAGCUGAGGAACGUGGUUCUUGGUGUGGUCCAGUUCAAACAAGUGGGAAGAAAACAGCAGCCACCACCUAGAGAUCCUCAGAUGUUGGAUGGAAGUGAUCUCGACACGGUCAGCCAUGGCAGUCUCGACAGUGCUAAUGACUCUGCAGAGCGCACCUCCAUCGACACUGACUUCACCAAAAUGGACUCCAGUGAUGAUGGAUGCAGCACAGGUGGGCAAUCAGACCAAGGCUAUGAUUCGCUGUCUAAAGAAGAGGAGAGGAUGGGUGGCAAAGAGGGUGACAGCAUGCCCCUAGUGGAAGACAAGGGACGGAGGGAGUCUUGUACUGGCAGCAGUUUGCAUUCCUCUAAUGACACCACCGUCUUCUGUGAAGUAAUGCCAAAGAAGGAGAGGCCAAAUUCUCUGGACUUGUCUGGCGUACAGAAAGCGCCUCAGUUGGGUGAGCUGAGUCUCCUAGCUACACAGCACCACCUAGCUGCAAGCAGACUGCAUGGGUUGGUGGAAGAGGGGCCAGGGGUUGAGAACGAUGAACAGAAAGCUCUGGCAGAGAGGAGUGUAAGCUGCAGUGUCGGGGCUGUGAGGGGGACGGGAAUUGACGGAGACGUUGAGCCGCUGUCGCUGAUAGCAGCAGAGGCGGAGCAGGAGGGCGAUCGGGAGAACCGCGGCACACCCACAGCCUGCCGCCAUUUGGCUGAGGAGGUUGAGGCGUACACGAAAAACGUCAGUCCAUUUAGCAGCCACACCCCUAGCAUGGACCCGCAAAGCCCGUCGAGCCCCCUGCUCUGCUCUGCCCCUGCCCCUGCCCCUGCCCCUAACAGUGCCCCCAGGCCCUCCAUCUUGUUCCGCUCUAACACCCACCUCCCACUCCCUGUAAAAUCCAAAGAGCGCCUCAGACUUUCCCCGUCGCUGCCUCUGGGUAUCUCCAACAAAGACCGAGAGAGGCCGUCCUCCCUGGUCUCUCCUUCCUCACCUACACCCUCUACCUCCUCCUUUUCUAUGGACACGCUUUUCACCCCAACCCUGGACAUCUUUAAGAGCAGCGUCAUACAAGCAGGAAAGGGGGUGGCCGAGAAGGCCAGCCGCCUUUACUCUCGCCUGUCUUCCCAGACUUCACUGACACAGGAUGCCAACUGUGACCAGAUAAGUGUAUCUUCUCUGACCUCAGGAGAGCCAGACUGCUCCUCCCUGCUGGAUGCCGACUCCUAUCUGGAUCCAGAUAGUCUUACCUCCCCCCAACACGGCAGUGUGUCCCGCCUCAGGAGAAGCCCUGCCGGUGGCCGUGCAAACCUGGACAGCCCCAGCACACCGACCAAAGUCUUCAGACACAACUCCUUCUCUGGUGGUUUGGCCCCUUCCUCCAGAGCUCCCAGCACUCCGGACUCCUCCCCGGACAGCAGCCGCCUCCAUUUCAAUCACAGUUACACUAUAGAGGUGAGGAUGUCCAGCUGUUCGCUCUGUAAGACGUGCGACUGUCUGAUAUAUGAUGAGGAGAUCAUGGCUGGGUGGACAGCAAAUGACUCCAACCUCAACAGCACCUGUCCCUUCUGCGGCACGCCCUUUCUGCCAUUCCUCAACGUGGAGAUCAGAGAUCUGAGACGGCUCAGCAAGACGUGUCAGGAAAGUAAUCCUGUUACAGAGGAAGACAUGUCUGCUUCACUCAACCCCAAGGCCAGAAUGUCUGCAGCACUCAGCGCAUCGCCAUCCGCUGCUGCUCCCCCACAAGACCAGGAGAACGGAGCGAGUGACAACCCGGCCGCACUUUCGAUGCCAGCCUCCCCCCCGGCCCCGGUGACAGUGCCCUACCUGAGCCCUCUGGUUCUGUGGAAGGAGCUGGAGAGCCUGCUGGUGAACGAGGGCGACCAGGCUCUCUCCUCCCCCAGCAUAGUUGACCAACACCCCAUCGUCUUCUGGAACCUUGUCUGGUACUUCCGGAGGCUGGACCUGCCCAGCAACCUGCCGGCUCUGAUCCUGGCAUCCCAGCACUGCAGCCACACAGACCAGACGCCUCACGGUGUUUCAUAUGAAGAUAGCAAACAUGUGCUAGUGAGGAUUAUGUGGGACAACCUGAAGCUGCACCAAGACCAAGUUCAGCCUUGCUAUGUUCUGUGGAACACGCACUGCGCCAACUCCCUGGUGCGCUCUGGCCUGUGUGAGGAAGGCCAGCUCUUCACAGUGGAGCUCCUCCAGGGCAUCGUGAGGUGCAUUAAGAAAAGUGAUGUCUACCAGCCUAUGAGCCAAAUAAUCCAGCUCCUGGGCCCGGAGCUGGGUUUUAGGAGGCAGAGGAGCCUCUACCGAGAUAUACUGUUCCUUUCCUUGGUGGCGCUGGGCAAGAACAACAUUAACAUUGAUGCCUUUGACCGAGAGUACAAGACUGCGUACGACCGUCUAACUCCCAGCCAGGUUAAACUGACACACAACUGUGACCGGCCCCCCGGAGCAGGGGUCAUGGAGUGCAGGAGGACAUUUGGGGAGCCCAGUCUCUGAACUCUUUAGCCAUAUGCUCUCCCUUCCGGACUCUUUAAACCACCGUGGCUGCACCGGCCCGUUUUUUUUUUUCUCAGACCGCCCUUCAGUCAGGACCGGCUUGCCCAACUGACCCCCACAGCGCCCUUCAGUCAGGACCGGCUUGCCCAACUGACCCCCACA